ACCAUCAAAAUCUUCUUCUUCACUUUUUCUUUACUUACACAAACCUUAGCAGUUUUUUGCAGAGCAACAAUGAGCGUGGAAUUGUUGGACAGUGCAACCAUUGUCAACUUCGUGGAAGAUGAAGAAGCUUUCAACGUAUCAAUACGGGAUCGUUUUAAUCACCUAGACAUCGACCAGGAUGGGCUUCUCUCCUAUGCAGAGUUGCUCAAGGAGCUGCAGAGCUUGAGGGUGUUUGAGACCCAUUUUGGCAUUGAUGUGAAGACUGACCCAGAAGAGCUGGCUCACGUGUAUGACUCCCUGUUUUUGCAGUUUGAUCAUGACUCCAAUGGGACGGUGGACCUGGAGGAGUUCAAGGCAGAAAUCAAGGAUAUGAUGCUUGCCAUGGCUAAUGGCAUGGGGUUCUUGCCUCUUCAGAUGGUCUUGGAAGAAGACGGCUUUCUCAAGAAAGCUGUUGACCGGGAGUCCACUAAAUUUGACGCUUAAUUUGACUACUUUUAACGGAUUUUUCACUAGCAUUAUAUCAGCGAUUUAUCUGCUGUUGUGUGAUUUUUCUCUUCGUUGUUGUCCUUUUUCUUAGUUUUGUUAUUGAGUGAUCAAAUU